GGCGUGCGUGCAUGUGCGCGCGUGUGUCGCGUGCAUGUUGCACCCCGGCGUAAUUCUCUUCCGAUUUGGACUCAAAGCCCGGCAUCGGAGUCUGAUGUCACAUGUGCUUCUUCCGAGGAGACGGGGCAUCUGCGAGCCGGAUUCUGUGGAGGAUGCUGCGGCAAGUGAUUCACAGAGGGCUCAAGGCUUCGUUCUACUGGCUCGGCUUAUUCGUUAGCAGGCACCCCGUCUUCUUCCUCACCGUGCCCGCCGUCCUCACCAUCAUUUUCGGAUCUACAGUGCUCAGCAGGUUCAAGCCGGAGACGGACCUGGAGGUGCUGGUGGCGCCGACGCACAGCCUCGCCAAAAUCGAGCGAAGUCUCGCCAACAGCCUGUUUCCCAUCGACCAGUCGAAGCACAAGCUCUACUCGGAUCUGCACACCCCGGGCAGAUAUGGCAGGUUGAUCCUGCUGGCCAAGUCCGGGGGAAACAUCCUGGAGCUGGCCGAUCAGGUCCUGCAGGUCCACAAGCAGGUGUUGGAUUUGCGCGUCAAUUACAAGGGAUUCAAUUACACGUUCGCGCACCUCUGCGUCUUGAGCCACAGAGACAAGCGGUGCCUGCUGGAUGAUAUCAUCACCAUCUUCGAGGACAUCCGGCAGGCUGUGCUUUCAAACAGCACGUUCCAUAAGGUGCCCGUCAGCUAUCCCAACACGACAUUAAAGGACGGCCGCGUAUCCUUCAUCGGCCACCAGCUGGGCGGGGUGUCUUUUUCACCCAACAGCCGUGACCAGCAGGUCAAGUUCGCCCGUGCUGUCCAGAUCACAUACUACCUCCGCAACCAUGGACCUGUGGUGCAGGACGUCAUCGCCGAGCGCUGGGAGAACGAGUUCUGUGCCCUGGUCAGUCGGUUGUCUACGGCUGAGGCGCCCCACGCGACGGACCAGCUCCACAUCCAGUCGCUCACUUCCUUCAGUUUGUGGCGGGACUUCCACCAGACUGGCGUUUUGGCCAAGGGGGAGGUGCUGGUCAGCCUGGUGCUGGUGCUGCUGGCUGCCACCAUCUCCAGCUCCAUGCGGGACUGCCUGAGAGGGAAGCCAUUCCUGGGCCUCCUGGGCGUUCUCACCAUCUGCAUCGCCAACGUGACAGCCGCGGGGAUCUUCUUUAUAUCGGAUGGAAAGUUCAACUCCACGCUGCUGGGGAUCCCUUUCUUUGCUAUGGGACAUGGAACCAAAGGGGUGUUUGAGCUGCUGGCGGGUUGGAGGCGAACAAGGGAAAACCUCCCCUUCAAAGAGCGGGUGGCGGAUGCUUUUGCUGACGUGAUGGUGUGCUACACCAUGACCAGCUCGCUCUACAUCAUCACGUUUGGCAUGGGAGCAAGCCCUUUCACCAACAUAGAGUCUGUAAAGAUCUUCUGCCAGAGCAUGUGCAUGGCCAUCCUGGUCAAUUACUUCUACGUGUUCUCGUUUUAUGGCUCCUGCCUCGUGUUUGCCGGACAGCUGGAGCAGAACCGCUACCACAGUGUUUUCUGUUGUAAAAUCCCUUCGGUGGAGUACCUGGACCGCCAGCCCACGUGGUUUAAAACCAUGAUGAGCGACGGGCAUGACCUUUCCACGCACCACGACAGCAUCCCCUAUCAGAACCACUUCAUCCAGCACUUCCUGCGGGAACACUACACGGAGUGGAUUACCAACACCUACGUCAAACCUUUCGUCGUCAUCCUGUACCUCAUCUACGCAUCUUUUUCUUUCAUGGGAUGUUUACAGAUCAGCGAUGGGUCCAACAUCGUCAACCUGUUAGCUAGCAACUCUCCGAGCGUUUCAUACGCUCUCACGCAGCAGAAGUACUUCAGCAACUACAGUCCCGUGAUUGGAUUUUACAUUUAUGAACCCAUUGAGUACUGGAACUCCACGGUGCAGGAGCACCUGAAGACUCUGAGCCAUGGCUUCAACAAGAUCUCCUGGAUGGACAACUUCUUCCACUACCUGCGGGUGGUGAAUGUGAGCGCGUCGACCAAGAGCGACUUCAUCACCAUCCUCAGAGGCUCGUUCUUGCGCAGUCCAGCGUACCAGCAUUUCACCGAGGACAUCAUAUUCUCUAAGAACCGGGAGACUGAUGAGUAUGACAUCAUCGCCUCACGCAUGUACUUGGUGGCACGGACCACAGAGAAGAAACGUGAGGAGGUAGUGGAGCUUCUGGAGAAGCUUCGCCCAUUGAUGCUCAUCAACAGCAUCAAGUUCAUUGCCUUCAAUCCCACAUUUGUGUUCAUGGACCGCUACAGUUCUUCUGUCAUCUCGCCCAUUCUGACCUCAGGCUUCAGUGUGCUCACCAUCCUCAUUCUCACAUUCUUCCUGGUCAUCAACCCAUUGGGGAACUUCUGGCUUAUCCUGACGGUUACGUCCGUGGAGCUUGGCGUCUUGGGUUUGAUGACCCUUUGGAACGUUGGCAUGGACAGCAUCUCAAUCCUGUGCCUUAUUUAUACACUCAACUUCGCCAUGGAUCACUGUGCACCACACCUGUACACUUUCGUCCUAGCCACCGAGCACACUAGGACGCAGUGCAUUAAGUUGGCACUGGAGGAGCACGGGGCGGCCAUCUUGCAGAACACUUCCUGUUUCGUGAUUGGGAUAAUGCCCCUGCUGUUUGUGCCUUCCAAUCUGACCUACACACUGUUCAAAUGCUCACUCCUCACUGCGGGCUGCACUGUGCUGCACUGCUUUGUCAUUCUGCCUGUCUUCCUAACCUUUUUCCCACCUUCCAAAAAGAGACACAAGAAAAAGAAGCGGGCCAAGAGGAAAGAGCGGGAGAGGGAGCGGGAAAGGGAGCGGGAGCGGGAAAGAGAAAGGGAAGAAAUAGAGUGCAUUGAAGUCAGGGAGAAUCCCGAUCAUGUGACAAAUGUCUGAGUAGUCAAUUUUAGCAGUGAGUAUUGGCGCAAAUCCAUCAGUUACUGGUGGACGAGAGGUGCAACACCUCUCAAAGUGCAGGGGUGUCACACCCUGCAGGGUGGGAACUCAUGAGUUCCAACUAAUAAAAGCUAAGCCGGCCGCAGUAAACAGCAGCGCAAUUGGUCCUUCAGUUGGAAAGAAGCGCAUCAUCUGCAUAUACUGCAACCUGCUAAUGGUUCUUAAGCUCUUUCACAGCUAUUUGGUAUGUAAUACAAGUUACCUCGAGCUGUAGACUGCAAAUUCUGUACGUAACGUCUAAACAUAUCAGGUCAUUUUAAAUAUUAGCGAUUGCAUUUUCAACUCUUGCAGCCAAGCACGUACAGGCGGAGAGCGAGGAUUAGCGCAGUCUGUUCAGCCGAGCCGGCUCGGGCGAGGCGCCGAUGAUGGCGUGAUUUUUGCACGUGCGUACGGACGAUGGUUGUGCCAAAACCUCGCCCCUCAUCUUAUUCUUCACAGUGCAGGUGGAAAAAGAAAUUAAACCAAAAUUUUACAGUGGAGUGAGAUAAACUGUGGAUUGGGGGGGGGGGGGGGGGGGCACACCGCAUGCUUUUUCUGCAGAUGGCAAACACUGUGUCCGUUAUGAAAAAUCUUUUUUUUUUUUUCUUUUUGCACAUUGCAUCAUGUGAAUGGGAUGGUCAAAGUUCACAUCAUAUUAGCAGAAAGAAAAUACUGCUGCUUUUUCAGAGGAUAUCGAUGAUAAAGGACAAAGAACUCCCAGCUGAGACUCAGAAUUUGUGCAGCAGUAAUAGUAAAACGUAUCAACUAGACUGCUUUUGCACCGUAGUAAUAAAGACUGAAAUAUUUUUUAGAAGGCUUGAACUCAUUUUUCUGUUUAGGGUAUAAACUUGCAGAGUGUGUGAAUGUGUCUGUAAACCACUGGCACUCUUGCAUGGCACCAGUAACUAAAAAAGACAAAUCUGACUCAGCAGCUCCACUUUAGAGAACCGAACGCAUCAGUGAUUUGCACAAUGAGCAUUUUUUUUAUUAUUAUUAUUUUUUAUUUUUUUAAUUAUUUGAUCCAGUUUGAAUGUCACCGAUAACUUUCAGGGCUGGUUGCAAGUCCAGUAAUGGGGUCUUUAAAUUAAGCCCUAAGCCAUGUUUUCCGCCAAAAAAAUAAAGAA